AUGGCACGCACAAUCCGAGGCAAUGCGCUUGAGAAGCUUGCUCGCCUUUCCGCGCAAUCGCCGAAUUCGACAUCGCCCACCAACGACUUCGAAAGACUAUACAAGAGAUGCUCGAGCACUUCCAAACCUUUCAAUGGAGAUAGUGGAGUCAAAAUUACAGAGCUCGAAGCAAUCCUGGCUCUGUGUAAAGCUGCUCCGUAUGUCGCAUCCAUCGACGUCGCAGCGCCGCUCCUCGACCGUCUCGCUGCCUAUCUACCAGGCAUAUACGCCCGAGUAUUGCUGCCGUCGCCGAGCGUUGGCGGGAUCCAGCCCUCACCGUAUGAAGUGCUCUCCUAUAAUUUGACCUCUGCAAUCCUGCAACUCGGCGCCAAACAUGGCCAGUUGCGAGCAAAGGUUACGGACACGCUGGCAAGCUAUGUGCAAGGAUGGACUGCUGCUACUGCCGAGCUCUCGGCGGAUCAGUUCGAUGAAGAUGAGAGGUCUGACUUUGCUGCAGACGGAGAGCUUUCGCAGGUCAUCACGCAUAGCUUGUCACUCCUUGGCUUCCUAGAUGCUGCUGCUGAGCAUGCCAAGUUCUGGAACGCAUAUGAGAGGCUUCAGUUUGUCGAAGAGGUCAAGGCAGCGCUCUCGGAAAAAUUCCUUAUUGCUUUCGAGACGGCUUUGUCUAUUGCGCGUAAUGCGCGCUCACAUCAGCUCGGCUUGAGGGAGUGGAAACGCUACACGAAGCACUACGCAGCUGUAGGACGACCACUGGGAGCUAUGAUUUUACACGAUUCAUUCCUCAAGGUCGUGGCCGCAUCUGCGUCGCUGCUCGUGGAGACUCCUGCGCGCAAUCAUCGCGAGUCCAUAUUGGCCCACCUUCAAACAUCGUACAACAAAAACCGUGCAACUGGAGAUACGUCUGAGGAUGCCCUUGCUGAAGGGCUGACUAGCAUAGCGGCCAAUGAAAUGAAUCGUCUGGAGAACGAUCUUGACUACCUACAAAGAGUAGGUUCUGCGUGGCAGCAACGACAGGCGUCAUCGGUCAAAGCUAAGGUUAUCACGACUUAUCUGUGUUGCGCUGUCUACGACGAAGACAUUGCAGACGACGAAAUUCUGCUGACCUGGCUUGACAAUGUGCUUAAUGACCCUGCACAGAGUGCUGACCACGAGUUGGCAUCUGCUGCGUUGCAGUCAAUGGCUGUAUUGGCAAAAGUAUCGCCAUCUACAGCGUCGACUUUGGGUCGUUCGCUUCCCAGACUCAUCGUUCAGGCGAACUUCGACCAACGAACCUCGUCUGUGGCAGCAGAUUCUCUCGCAGCUGUGUUGAGCCUUCUUCCUCAAGAUGCUAUCAUCACAACUUUGUACAGCCUUGGAAAUGUCAUAAGCGCCGGACCUGCUGCUGCUGGUGCCUCGUCUUCAUCGCCCUCUACGAAUGGUACUGGCAACACUUUGCGCACUCCAGGGAUCUAUGCGCAUCAAUCCAACGGCAGCGCAAUAUCGCUUACCUCCAGUGAUAUCGAAGAACCUCAUCAUGUGCAUACUACCAUUGUGGACACCGUGGUAUCCGUGGCGAGCAAGUGCAAAGAUGAGAAGAUCACAGCAUUGGCAUUAUCGAUGCUCAUACAGAAGAUUGGGAGAGCAAGCAAGGUUGUGGACGUGAAGAUCAUUACCGAUGCCGCCUUAUUGGGUAUUCACACUCCACCUGCAGAGUUCAGAUCACUGCUCAAGCUCUACACCAAACUGUGCCAUGAUGCCCUUAUCAAAGACGACGCUGCUACCUUGGAAGCUGUUAUGAACGCGCGACUCAACAUCUCGAGAGUGGUUUCCGAAGAUGAAGCUUUCGAAGUGUACCUCACCCAUCUACUGGAUACAAUCGUCAGUAAAGGUGACGCGCAGGAGACAUCUCAUAAACAUCUGCGGGAUACUGAGUUGGCGUCGCAAGAGAUUGCUCAGAUGUUGAAACCUUUGGCCACGCUUCUAGCUCGCAACGCUCAACGAGCCGAUUCCAUCGAGCUUGAUGAUUCGAUUGUCAACUUGCAGCGAGAUGCUUGGUUCAACAUUGUUGUUCACGGGUUUGACACCAACUCGGAUCUCGGGCGACAGUACAUUGAAGAGCUCCGAACGCUCGCUCGUUUCAGCAAACCUCUCAUUGCCGAAGAGCGCCCAAUGCUGUCAGAGAGCGAUAUCGAGCUGAACACGGUACUGCGCCGUGGUAAGUCACCUGAGCACACAGCUGAGCAAAAGAGACGCCUGGUGAAGCUCUUGCCUUCGUGUGAGGCAGACACUAAGCCUCUCACCUAUCCUGAAGCUGUGUUUUUGAACACAGCAUAUCUGGUAGAAGAAUUGCGGGCCAGCACAGGCGACUGCACAAAAGCGCUCGCCUACUUCUUGGACCCCAAGCUGCGGACGGGCUCGGUCGGCAACUGUAUGUCCGCGAUCACCCUUGUGGCAGUCAGGACAUACUUGGUGAAGACGCUUUCUGGACAGCAUCACACCUUCUCCACACCAUACCUUGCACAGCAGCUUGCACAGAUCUUUGCCGCCUGCUGUCACCGUAUUGCUCGUGUCCAGCAAGCUGCAGCUGCAUGUGCUGAUAUCAUCAUUCGUGAAAUACCAUCAACUCUGUGUCAAAAAAGUGCUCUUUUUGCGCUCCUCGAGCUUCUUUCCAUUAUGUGGUACAGCUGUCUCGAGGGCGAAACCGACGAGUAUACAUGGAAGUCGACAUUCACUUCGAAAAAGUCCGACAUUACAGUAGAGCUAUCGGAUGAUUACAAUUUUCGUCGAGCAACUCUAGAGACCUUGCAUAAGCGCGCUACCUCUUGGGUGAAGGGAGUCAUAGAAGCAGCUCCUCUGGACAUCAAGGGACUCCUCCAAACAUACCUAUCGGAGUUCGAUGAUGAGACAUCUUACGGCCAUGUCUCUCUGGGUCGAUCAUUUGCCCUGGAGAUGGGAUCUGUGAUACCUGUCAAUGAUCAACGUCUCGGUGCUAUUGAACGUCAAGGUAUCAACAUCAAUACCGCUUCCGACUUCAUCACGCAGUAUACUACGCGACAAGAGUAUAAGUUCCUCGAAGGCAGCAACGACCAGCAAGAGGAAUGGCUCAACGGUGGAAGCUCAGCCGGUCCUAUGUCGGCAUAUCUCUCUCGAAGUCUCCAAGACGCAACAAAGCUUCUCGUCGAUCUUGAACAGCGUACACUACACCACAAGCACGUUACCAUUGCUGAGCUAAGAGACAUACUUCGACGAGCGGCUGCUCUUCUCUGUCGAGUAAAGAGAGACCAAUCGCCAAUCGUUCAGCACCUGGUCGGCAUUCCUUUUGCAGUCUUCUCAAAGCAGUCGAUCAAGUUAGGCAUUUCGCUUUGGACUAGUGUCAUCAAAGAGAACCCUCGCAUGGAGUCUCGUGUUCUGAUGGCAAUUGCUGAGAACUUUGAGAAUACGGUGCGCAAGCGGAGAGGUCUCUUUAGCCCUUCGUUGAGGCAUCCAGAUCCCUUUUAUGGUAAACAAGAAUUUGCUGCUACCGACAAAGAAGCUUUGAGCAAGCACCAGCAACACAUCUACAAUCUCAUUGCACCUCACUUCCGGCUGGUUCAGUUCCUCUCGAGCCAUUUCAGCGCCUCUCGCCUCAGCAAAUCGGACUUCGAGCGUGUAUACGUCCGCCUGAUUCAUGUCACGCUCCACGCGAUGAGCGAAGGAUGCUCUCAGCCUUUAGCUAGGGAGGCCUAUUUCCAUGUCAUUCUUCUGGCGCUGCGAAUUGUCCGCCAUAGCACGACCAUCUCAUCGGCUGCUAAGUGGCGCCUCAUGGACCGUCUCUUGACUGCGGCCUUAGCGUGGUUUGCUCACGCACCACAAUGGUCGUUCGGCGGCAACCGCCUCCAGAUUAAAGCUGAGACUCAGGUUUUGUCAGAUGUACAAAUGCACCUCGAGGCUCUUGGGAAAGUGGCUACAGUCCUGGAUUCGGCGUCGAGACAGGUCAAAGCUAAGCAAGACCUAUUGUCUGUACUCAUCUCUAACGAACAAACGCGUCUGACGGUCUGGCUGUUCCCUCUGGAUAACGGUAAGAAACACCACUUUGGCUCAGGUGGUGCCAGAAGUGGACUCCUAGACGCUGCUGUAUCGGUCCACACCAAGACGGCAUGGGCAGAGAACCCCGCCAUUGCCAUCCAUCUACUCAAGCGCUUCCAGUCGCCGCGCUUGCAAAGUGAAGUCCGGUUCCAGGUUCUUAACUUCCCUCACAAGGUCUUAAAUGAACCGGAUGCUUUGGAGAUCAUGCUUGGAAACCAACUGCCAGGCGACGUCUCUUUCCAGCUUAAGUACCUGCUGUACUGGGCUCCUCUAAAUCCUAUUACAGCGGUAACGCUGUUCAUGCCGGCUUACGGCAACCAUCCGUUCAUCAUUCAGUACGCAAUGCGGGCACUCGAGAGCCACUCGGUUGACGUCAUGUUCUUUUAUGUCUACCAGAUCGUCCAGACACUUCGAUACGACGUGUUGGGCUACGUUGAAAGAUACAUCAUCGAGACAGCUAGGUUCUCUCAGCUGUUUGCUCAUCAGAUUAUCUGGAACAUAAAGGCGAACUCUUACAAAGACGAAGCUUCAGAAAUACCCGAUCCUGUCAAGCCCACCCUCGACAAGGUCAUGGCAAGCCUUGAGUCCAGCUUCUCGAAAGAGGAUCACGAGUUCUACGAGCGCGAGUUUGCCUUCUUCAACGAAGUCACUGGUAUAUCUGGUACUCUUCGGUCCGUCCUGCACGAGCCGAAGGAAGUCAAGAAGCAGAAAAUUGCAGAGGAGUUGCGCAAGAUUGAAGUAGAGGUUGGCGUGUAUCUCCCAAGUAACCCUGACGGCCAAGUCAUUGGUAUUGACCGCAACUCCGGCAAGCCACUGCAGUCGCAUGCAAAAACACCCUUCAUGGCUACGUUCCGCAUUCGCAAAAACAAGCCCGACACUGGCCUCAUCGAAGACAUUGAAGAAGAGCCUCGUUCUGGCCUUCCUGUAACGAACAACACCUAUGAGACUUGGCUUUCUGCCAUCUUCAAGGUUGGCGACGACUGCCGUCAAGACGUCCUCGCCCUCCAAAUGAUCGCCGCGUUCCGUGGCAUCUUCAACACCGUUGGUCUCGACGUCUGGGUAUUCCCUUACCGCGUCACCGCCACAGCGCCCGGCUGCGGUGUCAUCGACGUGCUCCCCAACUCCAUCUCGCGAGACAUGCUAGGUCGCGAAGCCGUCAACCGGCUGGACGACUACUUUGUCAGCCGGUACGGCAACGAGGACAGCAUCCGCUUCCAAGAAGCGCGGUCCAACUUUGUCAAGAGCAUGGCAGCCUACAGCGUCAUCUCGUUCCUGCUGCAGUUCAAGGACCGCCACAACGGCAACAUCAUGAUUGACGACUGGGGCCACAUCAUCCACAUCGACUUUGGCUUUUGCUUCGAUAUCGCCCCGGGCGGCAUCAAGUUCGAGCGCGCCCCCUUCAAGCUCACCGCCGAGAUGAUCGCCGUCAUGGGCGGCAGCACCACGUCGCAGCCGUACCGCUGGUUCGAGGAGCUGACCAUCAAAGCCUUCCUUGCGAGCAGGCAGCAUUGCGAUCACUUGUGCCACAUUGUGGAGCUCAUGCUGGACAGUGGACUGCCGUGCUUCAAGCCCGAGACGAUCAAGAACUUUAGGGAUAGAUUUGUUCUCGAUAAGACGGAGAGAGAGGCCGCAGACUAUAUGAGGGGUCUUAUCCAGAAGAGCGCGAGUAGUUACAGCACCGGCACGUAUGAUCGGUUCCAGUUGAUCACGAAUGGAAUUCCGUACUAA